AUGUCUGCCGUACGGCCCUUGCGAAGAGGCCUUCACCUCCUGGGAUCGAGAUCGCUCGCCCAAACCGCCCCUGCCGUUGCCAAUGGCUCUUCUCUCGUCCCGCGGCAGUUCGCUUCUCCGCGCGGUCUCCGCUCCCCGCUCGCUGCUGCUGCCCGCCCUUCUCCCCGUACAGCCUCUCUAGCUGCCAACGGCGGUGCUCGUUAUGCCUCGUCCAGCUCCUCGGGCCCCGUCAAGCAGACACAGCUCUACGACCUCCAUGUCGCCCGCGGUGCGAAGAUGGUGCCCUUUGCGGGGUACUCCAUGCCCCUACAAUACUCCGAUCUGAGCCAUGUGGAGAGCCACAAAUGGACCCGGGAGAAGGCAAGCUUGUUCGAUGUGAGCCACAUGGUGCAACACCAGCUUAGCGGCCCCGGUGCCCAGGAGCUCCUGAUGAAGGUCACCCCGUCCUCCCUGGACAAGCUCAAGGACAACCAGUCCACGCUCUCCUGUCUGCUAGAAGAAGCCACCGGCGGUAUCAUCGACGACACCGUCAUCACCCGCCGGUCCGCAGACACCUUCUACUUCGUCACCAACGCCGGCCGCCGCGACGAGGACCUGGCAUUCCUCGAAGCCGAGAUCGACAGCUACAAGAACACCCACGGCGCCGACAGCCUGAAGUGGGAGAUCCUCAGCGACCGCGCCCUCGUGGCUCUCCAGGGCCCUCUCGCCGCGCAGGUCCUGCAAUCGCACAUCCACGGCUCCGGCCCCGAAACCGAUCUCAGCACCCUCUACUUCGGCAACUGCCGCUCUCUCCACCUCACCCUCCCCAACGGCUCCCCGACCGCCCACCCCCUCCUGAUCUCCCGCACUGGCUACACCGGCGAAGACGGCUUCGAGAUCUCCAUCCCCUCCGCCGGCCACCCAGAGCUCCCCACGCAAGUGACCGAGCUCCUCCUCUCCAACCCCGACCAAGUCCGUCUCGCGGGUCUCGCCGCGCGAGACUCCCUCCGCCUCGAGGCCGGCAUGUGCCUAUACGGCAACGACAUCUCCACGGCACAGACACCCCCCGCGGCCUCCCUCGGCUGGGUCGUCGGCAAGGACCGUCGCGACUCUACCUCCCCCUUGUCCAACUUCAACGGCUCCUCCGCCAUCCUCCCCCAGAUCGCCUCCCCGGCCAAGACCCUCUCGCAGCGCCGCGUCGGGUUCACCGUCGAGAAGGGCUCGCCUGCCCGCGAGGGCGCCGUCAUCGUCGAUCUGAACGAUGAAUCCCGUACCCAGAUUGGAGUCGUCACGUCCGGUCUGCCCAGUCCGUCGCUGGACGGCACGAACAUCGCUAUGGGGUAUAUCAAGCAGGGUAUGCAUAAGAAGGGCACCGAGGUGGGUAUUCUCGUGCGGAGUCGACUUCGCAAGGCGAGCGUUGUCGGUAUGCCUUGGGUUGAGAGCAAGUUCUACCGCGGUUAG